GAGCAGUUCAAGUUGGAUGAUCUGAUGAAUGACCAAGGAUUACGUCGGAUCGUUGAUGAACUUGGCGAUUAUUUUGGAGUGAUGAUGUUGAAUACUCAUGCACUCAAUAUCACUUUUAAUUGGCUGUGCAAUACGGCAUCAAUGGAAAAUGUCCAUAAUCGUACACUAUUCUUCACCGUUGACAAACACGCUUACGAUGUGCUAUCGGAGGCAUAUCCGCGUCUGCAUAUUUUCCUGUGGAACACACCGUGCUUACAAAGGCGUUUCGAGACCAUGGAUGCGACGUAUAUGAGUUUUUUUCUGCUGAGAACGACGUUAAUACGUGCACUACUGGGGAUGAAACUGGAUGAUAUCACAGUUUGCCAAGAGAUUAUUUUAGGCUACGACGGAUCGAGAGAGGCACGUAAAAAACAGAUGAAUGGUGCUAAUUUCCUAGUGAGAUAUUCGCAUCGAACUGAGCAACUGUUCGAAAAUUUAUAUUGGUAUCAAAGCCACUUUUAUAUAGCCGAUCCGGAUGCAAUCAAAAUCCCGUGCAGUCACACGAAUGUUUAUGAUUGUCGCUUCAUUGAUCAUAGCAUCAUAACUGGUUGGGAAUGGAUAUACGGUGAUCAGAGCAAUGCACCGUUGUUGAUGCAGAUGGACGGUGAGACGAAUGGCAAUAAAGAAAAAACACUCGAGAAUUAUAAAUUAUGGUUUCUGGACGAACACAGCAAAUGCGUCACACAAAAAGUGCUCACUGCCAAACAGCUGUUGAUGUCCGGAAAGGGAAUUUGNCUACUCUCUUCAUCGAAAUUGAGACAGCAAUUUUUGUUGCUGCUUGGCGAAGCUCUGGGCGAUUUACCGAUUUUCGGUUCAUUCUAUCGUGUUUAUGGAGGGAUUCCAUCGAUUUAUUUACAAUUCUUUUGA